CGGGAGGUUCCUUAAUUGGAACAGGUUCGAACCAUUAUCUUUUGGUAAUCGAUUUGGAUCCGGGCUGGUCAGUAACUUGAUUUCGUCUGGUUACCGUUGCGAGAGGAUUGGAAUCCGAAAUAGAAACCAAAAGACCUUUAACAAGAUAAGGAAAGUAAUCUAAUCCGGGUUCAUCAUGGCACCUUCACUUAACACGCAUUCCUCCUUCACGCGCCCGCGUACCAGCGAACGUGAUGCCCGACCCAGCACACGCGAUCAAGGCGACACCAACUUGAUAAUACCCAGUAGGACAUCGUCUCUCCACUCUCGCAUCACCCAACCGAUUCCUUCUACUCUUAAUGGGAAACCUCAACAACGAACCCCGAAGACUUUGACCCAUGCCUACAUGGUCUGCGGUGUUGGAAGAGAGCCAUCCCAAUGGGUCAAGGCUCCCUCACCAGCUCAGGGCAAAAUUGGCCACAUGAAGGGGGCAGUUGGCCAAUUUUGGUUACCAGAGAUCUUGGGAAGCAGUCCCCGUCUUGAGCAAGACAAUGAAGUCGCGCGAUCUUUACAUGCUGCUAUGAGGGCCUGUUUCCCUCAUGAUGUCGAGAUCUGCACUGGUCGCAGCCAACCUCACUGCGUCCACCAUGCAUUUGUCCUUCAACAAGAUUCAUCUCACACCCUCUAUGGUAUAUGUCUACGGGUUUGGUCGAGGGCUGAUGAGAAGAGGGCGGACACUAUUAGGGACCUAAGGAAGCGCACCGAGACGGAUUAUUACGACAGCCCCGACGAGACUUACUGGAUUCCUUACUGCUUAUCAUUCCUUUCUCGAUACCCCCUCUACAAUUUGUUGGGUGACUACUUGCGAGGAAUGUGGAUCCACUGGAAUAAGGCUACAAACCUCUUUCAUGCUGAAGAAGUGUCGCGUAUUCUAAGUUUCCCUGCACCGAGGCUGAACGAUCUGGUCCGAAUAGACAUGAAAGACUAUGCUCUCUGUUACCAGUUCCCCUCCUCGCCGACAGGAUUUCAGAACUUCGCCAUGUGGCCGCUAUGGACCUGUCUUUCGAUUCCAAACAUCGUAGGCGUUAUUGAGGCCGCGAUAUCACCUACUAGGCGUAUAAUAUUUGUGAGCCACUACCCUGCGAUGUUGACUAUGGCCGCCGAGACUGUUCGAUUCUGUGUUAGAGUCUAUGAAUGGAGUGGUCUCUACGUACCAGUCGUACACGCUCGCCACGCCAAGGAGUUGGUGGAGGAACCAGGGCCGUACAUACUUGGUAUUACGGCCGAAUGUCGAUCUCUAUUCACUGCCCCGAACGACGCACUAGUCGUGGAUUUGGACCGCAACUUCGUGCUUACAUCUAACCCGCCAACUACCUUGAACGCAAACCAGCGUAACAAGUUUGUUACUCGACUAACUCAGGCAUUGAAUGGCGAUGUCACGCCGUCUGGUGUUCCUCAGCACUUACGCUCUGCAUACGGCGGUGGUAAGCUAGUGCCUGCUGGUCAAAUCAUCGUAAUGCGCGGGGAGGUCGAGUCUAUUCAGGACCCCGAGUGGUGGAACCAGGACGCCGUCAUGGCAGUGAUGGAUCAUGUCUGUGAGAAGCUGGGCCGCAACACUGGUUUGAAGGCUGUUUUCGGGGGUUCGGUUAAGAAGCCCCUAAUGACGAAGGUUUCGAUGAGACAUCUUAAUGAGAUUGUCCGAGAGCGUAACCAAUAUUCUCGCGAUGCUCUGGAGGCGUGGCAAGAUUUCAUUAACCUUAAGGGCCGUAUGGACACCGAGCUUAACAAGGUCACGAAGCGAAACAACUACCUGGUAGAAGAGUUGGAGAGCUGGAAACAACAGUUCCUUAAAUUCCAAGCAUUCGCCGAGCAACUCACGAAGGAGACCCAGGAUCUCAAGGUAAAGAUCGAAACCCACAAGAGGGAGAAUAGACGACUUGCUGGCCUCAUCGAUCAACAGAAAGAUGAUAAUGCUCGUCUUUCUGUGCGUCUCACCGGCACCGAGAAGCAGCGAGACGAUGCUCUUGAGGCCCUUGUGCUGCAACAAGAGAUUGCAGAGGAGCUUGAGCGGGAACGCAAGAGAAACAAGAAGGAACUUGCGGCACUUCAACAUACUAACGUUACCAUCGUUCGACAACGUGACGAAGCCCGUCGUGUCGUCCUUCAUCUACGUAGUCUGAUUGGUGGCCAGUCUCACCACAUGGAACAUCUAGUUCAGUCAUUGACUACGCGUGAUGACUUGACCAGUGAGAUUGAGGAAGGAUUUGAUGAAGAAGAUGAAGUAGAAACAAGUGAUGACCGUUUAUUGAAACAUGCUAGCCGAGCAAGCAAGCGUGUUUCUACUGCUAGCUUCAGCGACGUGGCCGAUCGCCACCUUAAGGAUAAGACUGAUGCUAUCUCUCAUAUUAUCCGGAAUAUUGCCGAGCAAUGUCAAGCCGCUGUGGAGGGUUUGCAGCUCGCCCAAGAUGCCGAGAUCGAAUCAUCCAGAUCACCCCGUCGUGCAAGCAACCUCUCCACGGCCUCUAGCAAUGACGGCCACGAUCACUCGGCUGCCACUUCCGAGGUUGGCGACGAUAGUCUUCUGCACCCCUCCGGGCGUGCCUCCUCCAUCCCUCCCACUCCGGAUCUAAUCCCCAACCGGAGCAGUACCUCGAUGUCGAUGGCGUCAACAAUGACUACCCCUGAGCGGGCAAGUCAGCAAUACAGCAUCCACAACGACAUUCCUACUAAGAUUGUCGAGGAUGACGAAGAUGACCUAGCUGAGCGCAGCGAGAAUGAGGCUGUAUCUCAUGAGCCGGGUGUCGUGGGGAAGCAUGCUGAGAGCCUGAUUCACCGUCCAUCCGGUGCCAGAAUAAGUGCUCUGGGCGGCACUCGCUAAAGCUGGGGUGUUGACUUGGUGCAUGUAUGGAGUCGGUGGCGAUACGUUUCGAAAAUUUCUGUCUGAGAGACUUUGUUAAGGAGGACAAGUCGUCUAUAUCUUUUUUACCUCCAAUACCUGUGCAUAUGGACUUUUUGCUUAUACCUCUGGUUAUCUGUUUUUUGUGGACUUCUACGGCGUUCUACUCUACGAAGAGUCUUCUCGGAUUUUCGCUCUUUGCGUUUCCUACUUAUUUUUUACCUUUUUCAAACUCCGCCUUAAUUUUCCUUGAGAUAAAAGCAACUCGAGUUGGUAGUCUAUUCGUUAGGCGUAAAUAUGCCUACCAGGUUACGCAGUUGGAGACGUGAGGGAAAGACAUGACGGAGGAGUCAUUUGUCUCUUUUGUGUAUAUCGGUAAAUGCUCUCUGUCCAAAGUCGAGGAUGAUGGAUGCGUUUACCUUUAAUUACUGCCGCUUGUAUCUUUCGUGCAGUGCUGGGCAAAUAUGAGAUACUUUGACUAUGCAGUUUAUGCCAACUUACUCUCAGCUUCGUGAUUUCAUUCCUCUGUCGUCACGUUUUGGUUUUGUGGCUCCUUAGAUGAUAUCCGCUUUCUUGAACCUCAGCCUGAAGUAUUUAGAUUAGCUGCUUUGAAGACAAUCAAAUUACUCCUUGUCUUCCACAUUAUAUUUCAUGUCCCUAAAUUCAUUUUACUUGACCAUCGC